AAAGGUUAUUUCAUGCAUAUUUCCCGGUCGUAAUGCGAUAUCGGGACUCGGAAAUUCUUCUAGCUCUGGGUGGAGAGUGACGCUUAGAAAGAAGGACGGCGGGCACAGGGAUAGCCCCAAAAGUUAACAAGGAAGGCCAGGAGCUGUCUUCGAGAGAACCGGCCAUUUCACUUUUGGGAAAGACAUUCUGGCACGGAAUAAAGAACUGCUCCUAAUUAAAAAAAAAAAAAAAAAAAAAAAAAAAGAGGGGAAGAAACACUGGUAGAGUUGCAUUAGGUAUCUGUGUCCUCUGUUUCGUGUAUUUGCUGAGAGGAAUAUAACAGCCGCCCCCCACCCAACUCUCUGAUGGACUGAGGUUUGUGUGCCCUACUUGUGGCCGCUGGCCCUUGAGGCCUUUUUCUUAUAAGGGAAAUUGGAUAGUUGAGGUGUGUAGAGGUUUUUGAAGCAGUAUGGCUAGAAUGUCUAAUUCUGGGGCUUUUGGCGAAAAAUAUAAGAGAUGUGCCCUGAGGGGCAACGUACUAUUUUGGCAGGAAAAUCUAUUAAAUGGGAAGUAACCAAAGGUAUAAUUAUCCUUUGUUAGGCAGAGGUUUAUAUCUAUAAUCUUGGUUUUUUUUUUUUCCCCCCCAGCACCGUUGCUAGGAGUUUCUCCACUUCUGCAUAUGUAACUGGAAGUAGCCCUGAGCGUAACAUUAAUGAAUAGGAACAGAGUUUCCUCUUGGUUUAUUGCUGAUUUCUGAAAUAACUCGAAGCAAAUCAUUUCGACAAUAUCUGCCCAUUUCUCCAUUUCUAAGAUGGUUGUAGUUGUGUACUCCACGGUCAAGUGGGGAUUUUAUGAGGAUUUUUAUUGUAAACCACGUGGGGGAAGAGUCUUUAUCGGUCAAGUAGAGUACCUUCACAAUCACCGGGUUUUCUAGAUGAGUACUGAUCUGUAUAACUCAGAAAUCACUAGCAUAUUGUCUGCCUAAUGAAGGCCUGAAAGUGCUGAGGCUUUCUGCAGGGACAUUUAGAAUGACCAGAAGGGCUGGUCAUCAGGGUGGCUGGGGUGUGCUGAUUUGCGUGACAGGAGCCCUGCUGUUGCUAAGGAAUUAUCCCUAGCAUCAGUGUCCUGCACUCCUCCGCCUCCCCUGCCUCCCUCCCUUCUCCUCCUCCUCCCCUCUCCCUCUCCCUGCUGCUCCUUCCUUCCUCACCAAAGUUGCCCUGGGCACAAAACUUAGGGGUGUGUGCAUUCAGACUUCCUAGGCUUCACAUAUAAAUGCUCCAGACUUUCUGCAGAACUUAAAAAUCAAAACCUGUCUUUCCUCUCUGGAUCAGCUGACCGGUAGAAAAGUGUGGACUUUUUUUUUUUUUUUUUCUUUCUUGAGUCAUGUUACUCCUGGGAACUUUAUUUUCUCUCCAGCCAGCCAUUAGCUAAGUCCUGGAGCCUUGGAACUUUUCAGCCAGUGGAGUCCUCCAUCCGGCUGGUUUUGUUUUUAACUUCCUUUUCUCAGCAAAUUCUACAAGCAGAAACUGCAACUGAAUGGCCCAAUGAAAGCAGAGUAGAAUGUUCCUCCUUGAACCUAAGCAAUUCCUUUCCUAACUCAAGACUCCAGGAGCCCAAAUCAUAGUCUCCCUCAAAGACCCAGGAGAUCUAAACACCCUUUACAACCUUACUGUGAAGAAGCCCAGGGGACAGGUAGCCACAACUGAUUUGCAGAUAAGAAAGGAGGCCCAGGCAGUAUCUGCAAAGCCAGGAGUGUGACUCAGUACUUCUGUGUGUUGUGCACACACCUGCGACUAGAGAUGCCAGAGUGUUUUGACUCUGCACCAGACACCUUACACACCUGAACUUCUUUAAACCUCACAACCGCCUUAUGAGAUUCUCUAGAAAGCAUAACAGUGAUGGAGUACAUGAGCACCGGCAGUGACAACAAAGACGAGAUCGAUUUAUUAAUUAAGCACUUGAACGUGUCCGAUGUAAUAGACAUUAUGGAGAAUCUUUACACCAGCGAAGAGCCAGCAGUUUACGAGCCCAGUCUCAUGACCAUGUGUCAAGACAGCAAUGAAAAUGAGGAGCGUUCAGAGUCUCUGCUGCUCAGUGGCCAGGAGGUGCCUUUGUUGUCAUCGGUCAGAUACGGAACGGUGGAGGACUUGCUGGCCUUCGCAAACCACAUAUCCAACACUGCAAAGCGUUUUUAUGGACACCGACCGCAGGAAUCGGGGAUUUUAUUAAACAUGGUAAUCACUCCCCAGAAUGGACGCUAUCAGAUAGACUCUGAUGUUCUCCUCAUCCCCUGGAAGCUGACUUAUCGGAAUAUUGGCUCUGAUUUCAUACCUCGGGGGGCCUUUGGAAAAGUGUACUUAGCCCAAGAUAUAAAGACUAAGAAAAGAAUGGCGUGUAAAUUGAUUCCAGUAGAUCAGUUUAAGCCGUCUGAUGUGGAAAUCCAGGCCUGCUUCCGUCACGAGAACAUUGCUGAGUUAUAUGGUGCUGUGCUCUGGGGUGAAACCGUGCACCUCUUUAUGGAAGCCGGCGAGGGAGGGUCUGUUCUCGAGAAACUGGAGAGCUGUGGACCAAUGAGGGAAUUUGAAAUUAUUUGGGUCACAAAGCAUGUUCUCAAGGGACUCGAUUUUCUACACUCAAAGAAAGUGAUUCAUCAUGAUAUUAAACCUAGCAACAUUGUCUUCAUGUCUACAAAAGCUGUUUUGGUGGAUUUUGGCCUAAGUGUUCAAAUGACUGAAGAUGUCUACUUUCCUAAGGACCUUCGCGGAACAGAGAUUUACAUGAGCCCAGAGGUGAUCCUGUGCAGAGGUCAUUCAACCAAAGCGGACAUCUAUAGCCUGGGAGCCACACUCAUCCACAUGCAGACGGGCACCCCGCCUUGGGUGAAGCGCUACCCUCGCUCAGCCUAUCCCUCCUACCUGUACAUCAUCCACAAACAGGCGCCUCCGUUGGAAGAUAUCGCAGACGACUGCAGUCCUGGCAUGAGGUUGCUGAUAGAGGCUGCCUUGGAGAGGAACCCCAAUCACCGCCCGAGUGCAGCCGACCUGCUCAAACAUGAUGCCCUGAACCCCCCCAGAGAGGAUCAGCCACGCUGUCAGAGUCUGGACUCUGCCCUCUUUGAGCGGAAGAGGCUGCUGAGUAGGAAGGAGCUGGAGCUUCCGGAGAACAUAGCGGAUUCUUCAUGCACAGGAAGUACUGAGGAAUCGGAGAUGCUGAGGAGGCAGCGUUCUCUUUACAUAGAUCUGGGGGCCCUGGCUGGCUAUUUCAACCUUGUACGGGGCCCACCAACCCUAGAAUAUGGCUGAUUGAUGGCGUCAUUUGCUCCGAGUAAUUAAGACUCAGCAUUGGGCUCCUGGAAGCUGGUUAUAUGGACUCGAACCCGGGCUCUGUAUAUUGAAUCUUGCCAUCCAUCAGCGGGCAACGUGGCCUCCUGUAAUCCAUGAAUGUGACUCCACGUGGCUCCCCUGGGUUUGAUUCGGGAAGCUGCCUUGGUAGGUGGCGUGACAAACUCAAAGGAAGUUGCGAGUUCGUAGAAGGAUCAUUUCUGGUGGCUGAUUCCAUUCACUGUGCACUUUGCUCAGAAAAUGUCAAGAUUACAGAUCAUGAGGAUAAUGUCCUAGCCUGAAAUUACUGUUCUAGGUUCUGAUUUAAGUCUGGGAACUUUAUUUAACUCAGAAUAGUUGUUUUGUGUAUAUUGGUGUAUAUUAUAUGAUAAUGCCUUGAGCCUUUGUAGGUAGAUUCUAGUGUAAAUUAAAGUCCUUAUAUUUUGGGUGAGUAGAACAACUUGAAUAUUAAAGCAAUAAGCUGGACUCGUGUCUUAAAAAUGGCUGUUCAUUUAGGGGCCGUCUCACUGUGGGCCACUAGUGACAGGUUCUGUUAUGUUCCUAUGGAAACAUUUUGUACUGUAUAUGCUAUGCUUAAACCAUUUAAAACAUGAUGUUUUGAAUGUGGAUAAAACUGUGUAAAUCACAUAAUUUCUGUACAUCCCGAAGGAUGAGAAUGUGACCUGUAAGAAAAAUGGAAACAUUUCUAAAUUCUCAAUGAUGCUACCUUUGUAACUCUUCUGACUCUACUUCCUUCCAAGCAUUUGUGUAUUGAAAUAGCAUACUGUGUAUGUUUUAUAUCAAAUGCCUCCAUGAAUCUUUCUUACCUAUACCUAUAUUUUUAACGUUGUGAAUAUGCCCACUUAAAGUAUGUUUUUACAUUAGGCCAAUGAAACCAACACUUACAUCCAAUGUAAUUGGUCAGACCAACUGAAUAAACUCCAUAUUUUGCCUUCA